AUGGGGUAUACGGGGAUGAAGGUGGAUACGGAAGUUACCGUGGAUACGGUGGUGAAGGUGGAUACGGGGGUGAAAGUGGUUACAGUGGAUAUGGGGGCUACGGUGGAUACAGUGGAUACGAUAGAUAUGGGGGUGACGGUGGUUACAGUGGAUACGGAGGCUACGGUGGAUACAGUGCAUACGAUAGAUCUGGGGAUGAAGGUGGAUACGGUGGAUACGAAGAACAUGGUGGAUAUGGUUAUGAGCCCUAAUUGGGUACAAGAAACGGGAAAGGAGUAUGGUUACGUAAUUGUUACCCGCCGAUCAAAAAAUAUUGGCGGUACUACUGGGAUGGUAUGGCUUGUGUGCGACCGUAGUGGUGAACACCGUAGUAAAGCAACAGUUAGGAAAGCUGGUAGCAUAAAAAUCGGCUGCCCAUUUUCAUUACUCGCCAUCCGGGACGUGACGAACGACACGUGGGAGUUAAAAGUGGACUGUGCGAACCAGAACCACGAACCUACGACGAGUCUGUUGGGCCACGCUUUUGUGCGAAGAUUUACUAAAGCCGAAUACAAGCUAGUGGAGCAGCUAACUGAUCAAAACAUGGAACCACGUAUCAUAUUUCAAACCCUAAGAAAGCAGUUCCCCGACAGCCUGCACGUUCAGAAAGACGUGCAAAAUGCGGUACAAAAAAUUAGAGCGACAAUAAUGGACGGAAAGAAUCCUAUUCAGGCACUGGAAAGCCUGCUGCAUGACCGCCGAUUCAUUUACGACACCCGACAAGAUCCCAAAACAGAUGUCGUAACAGAGAUUUUCUUUGUUCAUCCUUAUUCAAUCACUAUGUGGCGUGCAUUCCCGCACGUGAUGUUGAUCGACGCGACCUACAAAACAAACCUCUACAACAUGCCAUUUGUCCAGGUGGUUGUGGGUAUGACGUCGACUGGGAAGUCUUUUUGUAUCGCACAUGCCGUUAUUUGUAAAGAACGAAGGGGUAACUACGUGUGGGUGCUUGAGCGGAUCAAGUCAAUAUUGCAUGAAUGUAUGAUGUCGCGUGUGAUAGUCACGGAUAGGGAGCUUGCCCUAAUAAACGCGUGUUCUAAAGUAUUCCCGAACGCAAAAAGGCUUCUAUGCCACUUUCACAUCCAACAAAAUAUAGCUAGAAAGUGCAAGUCAGGGUUCGAUAAAGAAGAUUGGGGGAAAUUUAUGUCGUACUGGCGGACAUUGUGCGAAUCUUCAUCAGAGCCCAUGUACAAGUACAACUUGGAGAAAAUGUAUAACCGACUCGUGGUUGCCAACCGAGAAAGUGUCUAUGAUUACGUCUACGAAAACUGGCUCAAAGACUAUAAAGAAAUGUUCGUUUAUGCGUGGACCGAUAAGUGUCGCAACUUUGGUCAGCGCACCACCAACAGAGUUGAGAGCCAGCACGCAAAUUUAAAAAGAUACAUUACGCGCGGGAGUUCAUUGGAGGGAAUAGCAAGAUGCAUCAUUGAUAUAGUUGAAACUCAGUACGAUGAAAUACAAAAAAGUUUCACUGAGAGCAUCGAAAAAACGAUGAACCACCACAGACACCGAAUGUUGGACAACCUACGUGGAAAGGUUUCCCAUGAAGCACUUGAUUUGCUGGAAAAAGAGCUACUGAGGAAGACUGUGACACUCGAGACGGAUGUGUUGCGGAAACUUAACGCAUCAUGUGGUUGCCAUAUGUGGCUUAGCAAAGGAUUGCCGUGUGCUUGUAGGCUGGAAAACUACAAACGUAUAGGGCGUAUAAUACAACUCGACGAGAUAGAUGUAUUCUGGCGUAAGCUUGACUUGCUCCCGUGUAAACUGGUAGACGAGGAGGUCGAUAUUGUAGCAGAGCUCAAUAAUGUGCGGCAACAUUUAGAGGCGCAGUCCCCUGUUCAGCAAAAGAGUAUGCUUUCAAAGAUAAAAGCGGUCUUCACCCCGAAAUCGUCAACCAAGAAACCACCGAUCGUCCAGCAACAUACUCGCGGUCGGCCUACAUCAAAGAAAGUACAAGAAAGGCUAGAUGAAGCUGCGAGGUUAGACGAAGCUGCGAGAUACAGCUCCUAUGGCGAGGACAGCAACGUAAUUACCGCUUCCCCCAAACAUAGGUACGAUUUACCCCGACACAGCUCAUACGUACCGUCAGAGGGCUCUCGUGGAACUGGUUCGUUUGUGAAGUCUGAAAAACCUAAAAUGCAACCAAACAGUUCAACAAGUUCUAAAAAGAAGGAGACGCGGGAUGAUAAGGUUUUUCCAUUAAUAAAGGGGGACGAGCACUUGUUAUGCAUUAAGAGGUUUAAGAAUCAAAUUCCAUCAGAGUUUCGCUCUUACAUAUCGCGUAUACAAGACUUGACCCCAGACGGUCAUUGUGGGUACAGGUCUGUGGCUGUCGGGUUAGGUUUUACGGAACACGCAUGGCCCAAUAUUCGAAGAGAUUUACUACUGGAGAUUGACCAUAACAAACCGCGUUGGAAGCAUGUAUUCAAAACAUAUAACGAAGGAGACUUUAAACGAAUACGUAAGAGCAUCGAAUGGCAUUCAGUGAAAGGGUGCGAUGAAAGUCACUGGAUGGAAAUGCCCCAGGUAGGGCUUCUCGUAGCGCAAAGGUAUAAUGUUGUCCUCCACGUGCUAAGCAUUGAAUGGAGCUCUACCAUCUUCCCAUUAACGGAUGCCCCACUAGAUCCACGACCUCAAGCGAUAACGCUUGUACAUGUUCACGGGGGACACUUCAUACAUGCUAAGUUGGAAGGAGACUACCCCAUGCCUUUAGUGAACCCGUUGUGGUCGGCACAUCGAUCAAUAGCUGCGAAACGGUGGGAAGAAAUGUAUAGACCGCGGUUAGAGCACUACUACGAGUUAAUGCAUCCUAAAUCAGACCGAGACAAAGACAGAGAACCGAGUUUAAAUGUUAUCGAAGAUUAA